AUGGCCCUCGAAAUUGCCGACAACGACAAGUACGAGGUCAAGGAGAUUAUUGGUCGUGGUGCAUUCGGCAUCAUUCGCAAAGUUCGUCGAAAACAAGAUGGCCAUAUUCUGUGCCGCAAAGAGAUCAACUACCUCAAGAUGUCUCAAAAGGAACGUGACCAACUUCAUGCCGAAUUCUCGAUCCUUGCCUCCCUCAGUCACCCUAACAUUGUCGGAUAUUUCCAUCGCGAGCACCUCAGACAGACCCAAGAGCUAUACCUAUAUAUGGAGUACUGUGGUGGUGGUGAUCUGGGCUGUGUCAUCAAGGAACUGAAACGCAAGAACGAGUACGCCAAGGAAGAAUUUGUCUGGAGGAUUUUCAGCCAGCUGGUCACGGCUUUGUACCGCUGCCAUUAUGGAAUGGACCCGCCUGAGCCUGGGAGCGAUUUCUCUCGACGGAAUGACACCCGUCCCCUCGGCAAAGGCAAGAUGAUUCUACACCGAGACCUCAAGCCAGAGAAUAUCUUCCUGGGAGAAGACCAAUCCGUCAAGCUGGGCGACUUCGGACUCUCGAAGAUUAUGCAGUCGCAUGACUUCGCCUCGACCUAUGUUGGAACACCCUUCUAUAUGUCACCAGAGAUCUGUGCCGCCGAGAAAUACACUCUGUAUUCAGAUAUAUGGUCACUAGGGUGCAUCAUGUACGAACUCUGCACCAAGGAGCCACCGUUCAACGCGAACUCCCACCUGCAACUCGUCCAGCGGAUCCGAAAGGGAGACUUCAAACCGAUUCCAGCAAUCUACUCAAAGGACCUCUCGAACGUCAUCGCAAAUUGCCUCAAGACAAAUCCAAUGCACCGGCCGGACACAAGCUCGCUGCUGACUGUGCCUUAUGUGUGGCUCGCUCGAAGACAACAAGAGAUGGUCACCAUAGGGAAGACGUUGAGAACCCGGGAGGAGAUUGCAGACCACAAGGUCAGACAGGCCGAAGAAAGACUGUCGGCCCUCGAAGCAGAUAGAGCUGCUUUGAAGGUCGAGAUCGACGCCCAGCUCCGUCGCGAAUGGGAGGUAAAAGCACGACUUGAAAUUGACCGACAGGUCCAACUGGAGCUAGAACGACUCCGAAAGAAGUUUGACAAGGAGGUUGAUGAGCGUGUCGCACAAGUGCUGGUUAAGCAGAAAUUCUCAACCGAGACUCGGGCACUGAGAGAGAUUCAGAACCCGCCUGGGAGAGCAUUCGACAACGAGAACCUCAAUCCCCACUCGUCAGUCAACACUUCUGGCGAGGAAGAUUUCCCAUCGACCACAGAUAUCACUGACUUGUCGGAUCUUUCCAUCAACUCGCCAACCGCGUCGAGUACCAAAUCAAGCAAGUCAAUGCCAAAGAAGACUAAAACCCCUUUCGCUCGAUCAAAGACCACGUUCGACUCUCCUGUGGAUAUUCAGAUGUCAGAACCAUCACCCAUGUCCAUCUCUUCUCUGGCACUUUCCCCACGUCGAAACGCCGCGGCUCAGGCCACUGCCAACCCGACAGUCACUGCCGUUGGAGCGAAAAACCUCUUUGCCGAAGCGGCACGCCAGAAGGCUAGGUGGGAGCCACAAUUAGCUUAUUCUUCUGACGAAGAAAACAUUGAACCCGCAGAAGACUCGGAUGAUGAUGGGUUCCCUGAAUUGGCGAGCCCCACGAGAUUGAAAGGGAACGUUCCCAACACGGACCCCUUCAAGAAUCCAGCACCGCUGCCACUAAAGAAUAGGCCGGCCAUGUGGAGACAGAACACGACGGCCACUAUGCAGAAAUUAAUCGCGAAACCGACUCUGUUCCCGUCCAGCAACACAGCAGCACAGGUGAGAGCCGGGAUUGCGUCGGGAAACAUGGCCAAUGCUAUCAAAGCCAUCCCACGAAAUACCACAGAUGGCGAUCUGCGAGCCACGGCAGCGAAGCCCGCGAGCCCUAAUCGACGCCUCAGCAAGAUCCCAAGCCGAAAUGAUCUCAGGGAGCACGCCAAUGCUGAAGAUGGAAGCACUAGUCCGCUCAGACGAGCAGCGACUACGGGCGGUCGGCUCCCUAGUAAGCUUGGGGGCAGCAGAGAUCCAGGUGCUGGCACCGGCAUCGAAGGCCGAACGCUGGUGGAACUUGCUCAGGCUCGAGCUGGAGGCCACCUGAAUACAAAGGUGAAGAGUGUUCCGGAGCAAAGAAGCGAAAAAGAACUACCUCCUGUUCCAGUAUGGGAUCCAGAAAUCUUCGGGGAUGAGAUGCCAAGUCCUUUCCUCAAGAAAGAUGUCAAAUCCGUGCGGGUACUGCGGUGA